CUUCCCCCAUCCUACUCUACCCGCCAUGUUCUGGAGGAGGAGAUACGUGUAGCCUGGCUUGAGCUGCCUUGGCAUUAGCAACACAUAGCUAAGCGGAGGCGCAACAAGCUCCUUGGUCGCCCGAAAUAAGUAUUCUACUUUGAUUUUCCCACAAUUGCAAAGGGCGUAAAUCUUGUAUGGGUUUAUAUCCCAGGACUAAAAGUAGAACCUGACGCGACACAACAUAUAUGGUGAUGGCAUGGUCAUGUGUGCAGCCAGCACUGUGGGUGUGGAGAUGCUUUUAACAGAAUAUCUGGAGGAUUCGGGAACUCUGCACUGGCCUGGAGAAGCCUCAUAAACAAACACCAUAUCCACACCAGCACACACACGAAUAUUUAACAUACACACCCCACUGGUGUGUGUGUGUGUGUGACAAAGGACACAGACGCACGGACACAUAGUGCAAGCUUCCAUUGAAGUGGGCACACGUUCUAAAGGGACGCUUCAUUUUCUCUCCUGUAAUAGUGUAAUUUUCACUUGUCUGUCCCACCUCCACCGCCACCAUGCCGAGCUCCACCAUCCGCCGACAGAUGAAGAACAUGGUGAACAAUUACUCUGAUGCAGAGAAGAAAGUGAGAGAGGCCACUUCAAAUGACCCCUGGGGCCCGUCAUCUUCUCUCAUGUCUGAAAUCGCCGACCUCACCUACAACGUCGUGGCCUUCAGUGAAAUCAUGAGCAUGAUCUGGAAGCGGCUCAACGACCACGGCAAAAACUGGCGCCAUGUGUACAAGGCACUCACUCUGCUCGACUACCUGAUCAAGACAGGCUCAGAGCGAGUGGCCCUGCAAUGCAAAGAGAACAUCUUUGCCAUCCAGACCCUGAAGGACUUCCAGUACAUAGACAGAGAUGGCAAAGACCAGGGCAUCAAUGUCAGGGAGAAGAGUAAGCAGCUUGUGGUCCUACUUAAAGAUGAGGACCGCCUUAAAGGAGAAAGGUCUCAGGCUCUGAAGACCAAAGAACGCAUGGCCCAGGUGUCCACAGGGAGCAAUCAAAUGGGUUUUGGCCGAGGCUCAUCUCAGCCCAACCUCUCCACUUCAUACAGCGAAGAGUAUGGCAGGUCAGAGGGAUCGCCUGCCUCCUACCAUGGCUCCACGUCCCCCAAUGCUGGCUCGGAGCUGGAACAGGCCAGACCUCAGACUAGUGGAGAAGAGGAGCUACAGCUGCAAUUGGCUCUAGCCAUGAGCAGAGAGGCUGCAGAACAGGAGGAGCGCAUACGCAGAGGGGAUGACCUGAGAUUACAGAUGGCAUUGGAGGAGAGCAAGAAGGAAGAGCCAGGCUCAGGAAAACUUCCCAAGAAGAAGAAAGAGCCACUGUCGUCAUUGAUGGAUCUGAUGGAUGUCCCAGAACCUGGAGCCAGUGCUGAUCCCUGGGGUGAAGGAGCUGGAGCCGGUGCUGCUGCUGCUGCACCAGCAGACCCCUGGCAUUCUUAUGGUUCAUCCCCUAAACAAGCAGCCCCAGUGGACCCAUGGGGUCCUCCUCCUUCUGUUCCACCCAUGAAGAGCAGUGAUCCAUGGGCAGCAAACUCCACUCCUGCCUCUGACCCCUGGGGCUCUGCAGCCACCCGCCCUAAGACAUCCAACACAGGUAACUUUGACCUGUUCAAUGCAUCCAAUGGUACGUCUAAAGAGGACUUCUCAGAGUUUGACAGUCUGCGCUCCUCCUCCUCUGUCCCCACUGGUGAUGGGGGCAUAACAUCCUCUCUACCCUCCCAAGCCAGUCUGGCUAGCAGCAGCAGCCUGGACAUCUUCGAUCCCAUGCCCACGUCUUUAUCUAGUUCUAUUAUGACACACCCAACCAGAAAGACUCCAGAGUCCUUCCUGGGUCCCAAUGCAGCUCUGGUGAAUCUGGACUCUCUGGUGACCAAGCCAGCCCAGCCCGCGCCAGUCGUCAACCCGUUCUUGGCUUCAGCAGGUGGCGCUGCUCCUUCUGCAGCAGCCCACGCCAACCCCUUCCAAGUGACGCAGCCAGCUCCUCCUACCCUCAACCAGAUGCGGGUCAGCCCCAUGCCCUCAGGCUUCGCUGCCAUGGCCGAGCCCAUGGCCCUCUCUUCCCUGCCUGCUCAGCCAGUCACCAUGGUUCCCAUGCCGGGAAUGGCUCCCAUGGGCCGCGUGAUGCCUGGAAUGGGCAUCAGCGCCGUAGGGGGUGUGGGGAUGAGUGCGGGGGUUCCGGCCUCCAUGUCCAUUCCCCAGCCCUUGAUGAGCAUGCCCUCCCAGGCUGGGACGCAGCCUGCAGGAACCACCAACCCCUUUCUUUUGUGAGGGGGAGACAGGGGGAGCAACUUGACUAUGAGUUAACCCCCCCCACACACACCUCCACGUCUCUUCCCCUUUGGCUCCAUAAGAAGCUUCAAACUGAACAAGGAGAUGUCUUAUCUCGUAAAUCCCUUUUAUAACCGACUCCUACCCAGGUAGUAGUCCCAGUACAGGCCUCCUCCUAAAUUACCACACUUCUUCCUCCUCUCUGUCUUUAUCUCUGUGCUCAAAAGCUGCCUAGUCCUGUGUGUUCCAUGCUGAUCUGACAACAACGUUUGUGACCACAACGAGUUUGCAUCUGUCUACAGACUUACAGAGUAAAUGUGGUGUUUACAAGUCCCCACAAAGGCACGACAAGACCCUGUCUCUCACCCCUUUUUGUCUCUCAUUCACUCGCCUCCAGUCCCUCACUUCUUCCCUUAGGACUUCCUCCUCUGUGACGGGAGAGUAUGACUGUACUAAUGUCAGAAUCUUAUCGCUUCACUAAAGCUAAUCUUUUAUAAACCCUGUCAGUUGUCGGUAUGUAUAUGUGUGUGUGUGUGUGUGUGCGUGCACAUCUCAGUACUUUUACACUGUGUAAAUACCAGUGGGUUUUACUUGCACUGGAGUAAGGAUGAGAGAUGGUCAGAUGUGUUUAUAUGCUGUGUGUAUACUGCAUGUGCGUGUGUUACUAAGCAGGGAUUUUGCACAAUUUUUUGCUUAUCUUUUUCUUUCUGCGACUGUUGAACUCACCAUUACACCUUAGCUUAGGGAGGGAGGCUAAAACAAACAAAAAAAAAACCCCGGCUGAGACGACACACUGCAUCGGCUCUUGGUACCACUCGACUGUCACAACUCUCUUCCGGUCAUGUCCUGUCACCUUGGACCCCUCCUCAAUUUCCACAUAAACUUUGACCUUUAGGAGUCACAGGAUUAAUAAUGAACACUUGUGAAAAGAGAUGAACCCCCACUUUUUCUCCUCCGUGGGGGUUGAAACGUUGUGUAAAUGCAAUUUGUUUGUACGUGUGUGAUUAUGUGCAGCGUUAAUGCUCAGAUUCUAACAGCCACAUGGUGAUCUGUUAAUCACCACCCAGGGUUUGUUGAGAGAAAAGGACAUGAAUUGUGAUGGCAUCAGUAUUUUACUUUUUGAACAUGCGUGGGCAGUUAGACAGUUUUUUCCCCUGGGUUUUAGUUUGUUUCUAGGAUCAAAGGGACGAUGUGGAUAGUGUUGAGUGUGUGCGCGCAGUUUGCAUUAGGGGAUAAGCUUCCAAGUAUACUUUAAUGAACUGUUCUUUUUUUUUUAAUUUGUCACUCAGUAAAGUGGAAACUAACUUAGAUUUGGUGAUGGGAGAAUCUGAAGUGUAAAUCAAUACAAAGGGUGAUGUGAACAUCUGAGAGUCUGUGUGCGUGUGUGUACACUUGGUUGUAAAGGUGUCGUCAGCUGGUUGGCUUUAUGAAGACAGUUGAUGUCUGAGUGGAUUUACUCACUCACAUACUGACACACACACACACACACACACACACGCAUGGGGUCGCCCCAGAAUCCGUGCAGAGAAUCCUCCAGCACACACACAACAAACCAGCGAGACAUGUCUUGUAUACAAGCAUUUUAUUUUGUCGUUUACUUACUCAUUAGAUGUAAAUCCGUAGCCAAGCCUUUCUGAGUUUUGAAGCUGUGUACUUGCUAAGCCGCGUAUCCUCUUCAUUCUUUUUUUUUUUUUUUUGUUCACCCCAUGGGUAGGCUGUGUAAUUUCUCUUCUCUUAGAAGCACAACUGUUACCAAAGUCAUAGCGACUGUGACGAGGUCCGAGGACGUCGUUCUUUGAGUAGUUUGAACAGUAGGGUCACACUUCACUGACAUUUCUUUGUUCUGUUAGGGAGCUCAUGAUAUCCGAGGCUUCGUUGUUAAUUUUUUUUUUGAUAUUUUACAUUAUGUUCAGGAGCGUCUCUCUUUGGAAAAGUGUUAUUGUUUGCUGAAUAUAGGCAGAGUCAUUGACGGCAAAUGAAACAUCUGUCUCUGUUGGUUGGGGAAAGUGGGCUGAUGAAAUACAGCUUAAGGUGAUGAGCUGCAGCUGGUGUAUAGACCCUCCUUCCUUUUCAGAUCACUGUACUCGCCCCUCUGGAGUUCUGUUAAUAUCACUGCCAAUGUUUAUUGUGAAAGGGGUGCUUUUGUUCCACUUGGUGUGGGUUGGCGCCCCCUCCUGGUCUGCUGUGAUAUGAUGAGCAACCUCACAGGAGCCUUGAUAAUUCCAUUAAAGGCUGACCUUUAUUUCUCUCAGGCAAAAGGAGGGGCAGCUCCGACUGUGUGUGAGCUUGGAUGAUGACGGCUGUGAUGAUUUUUAUGCUCUGGGGGUGGGGGGGGUUGUUUCCUGAAUGAAUGGAUGUGACGGUUAACUUGCAGACCAGCAAACAUUUUUAAUCA